CACCGACAGGGAAGGAGCCAGCGCACGGCCGGGAGUGCGUCUGCACUAUAUCUCCUCAGCGACCCCAGGAAGCGCAGUACUCUUGCCCGCUUACGAGUCGCCUACGUUCCUUACCAAACCCUGCUGCUGCUGAGUCCACGAGUGUGAGAGUUGUGUGUGACGAAUCUUACUUUCUGCCUUGUGCUACAACAGCCACGCACCGCUGUUACCUCUGGUGCGAGAGCCUGCACGCCUAAGGUUUCAUACCGCAGCACCCCGCCAGCCAACCGCUGCGCCAAUACAAUAAUAAUCUUCAGCCCUCCGUCUCUACCUGAGUUCCCCAGACAUUUUGAUUCUCCACCAGGAAUCAUGGCCAACACCAUCGUGUCGACACAGCUGCCCCAGUGGAACUACGAGAAGCCUACCAUCACAGCACGAACUGAGCGUUCUGGAUCCGACAGCUCUGCUUCCAGCCCCAAAUUGUGCAACGACGACCACGAGACAUUGCGACUAGAUACUGCCGCCACACAACCCGCCAAGAAGGGAAGCAUUGCCCUCCAGGACCGCUACAUGUCGAGCGAAGAGGAUCUAUCACCCGCUUGCGAGGACUCGGGCUCCGAGUCCGAGUAUGAUUACGACGAUGCUGUCAUCGAGGACCUGACCCAGCAAUGCCAUUCAGCGAAGAGGAUGUCCGUGUCGAGAUGGAACCAGGGAAAGAGCUGCGACACUGCCGUCAAGGUGUCGUAUGCCUUCGUUGGCCGCCCUAAGGUCGUCGAACUCAAUCUUGGUUCACCGGUGCUAGAUCGUCCAAUGUUCACACAACGGUCGGUGUCGCUAGCCAAUCUACCAGCGGCUGUAAGCAAGCUGCAGAAGGUCGACCAAGUCCAGCGUCACUCGCUCAAUGUCCUGCCUGCGUCCAGAGGCGCCCCGUCCCCACUCACACGACCAAUCUCACCCCUCGCUAUUGUCGAGCCUCGACGUCCGUCCACAAGCUACAGCCCUUCAAGCAAGACGAGCACACUGAACCUUGGCGAUCUCACCUCCAAAGCUUCUUCCAUCGAGACCGCGCCGUCCAGCCGCAGCGCAUCGCCUAUGGUUGCCGUCCCCGCACGUCCUGCAAGCGCAACACCAGAGGGUGCAUCUUCCAGACGCUCAUCAGUCUACAUCCCCACAGGAGUCCGACCAGAAUUGCAGCGCAUCCAAACAACACAGACACAGUUCCGUCACUCUCACCAGAUGCCACCAUCGAAGCCCAUGUCACCAGCAACCCACGCUUUCCUUAACACCGAUCCCUUUGCGAAGCCACCUGCCUCGACCACUACAAUCCCCGCGAAUAAGCCUUCCACACACAGGCGUCUGCGCUCGAUCUCGAUGAAACUCUCCCUGGCAAGAAUCGCCAUCACUCCAUCCAAGAAGAACAACAACAACGUCCCCGCUUCGCCCUACACACCCUCCACUCCCCAGACUGCGCCUAUCGAGGCCUCCUCCGGGUUCGCGAGUCCAAUGCCUAACAAGCUGCGCCGUGCCUCGACCAUCCUGCGACCGAAGUCCCGUGGCGGAGAGGAGUCUAGAGGACCUUCGCCAGACAUGGCACCGCCCCCAGUCCCCGUCCUGAACCGAUCAAGCACCAUGGGCCUCCUUCAGCGCCAUCCGAGAAUGGUCGCCCGCGGGGCCAAUGAGCGCGAACCCACCCUCGUUAUCCCUCCAUUUACAGAUAUGGACAUCAACCCUGUGGCGGGUGUCAAGAGCGGAAAACUGCGCAAGCGCAAGUCCCUGAUGGAUCUGCUCUAGAACGUUUCAACCCCACGACUCGCUUGUCUGUUUCGUUUCGAACCUGCACUACGCAUGGACGCAUAGAUGACAUUCAUGCGCUACCCUGUCACCCUCACGUCACCUUCACGUCACCUCCGCACUGUACAUGCCACUCUUCUCAUCUCUCUGCUACAAUACGACAGCGCUUCAACGUACGCGACCUGCAUAAUAUCCGGCGUUUUAUUGGGCGUUGAUACCACCGCUUUGAGAUCACGAUGCCCGAUUUGGGCACGUUCUGUUUGUUUUAUAUUACAGCUUGGCUUGCGAAGUGCUCGCAGCUUACACAUCUGUCGCUAUCGCAUCUAGUAUGCAUUUCGUUGAUCCUAGAUCCGAAAAAUCCCUUACUUAUCACAAUGGCGGCUGUCUUAAUGAAGAUUACUACGAUAUCCUAUAGUAUUGGUAUUACUUAGUCCUAGCGCUGCACAACGCAGUCGCGGAAUUGCAAUCUACUAUCUCACCACCUCACAUCUG